AUCAUGCGCCACAGCGUCACUAUCUAUUUCGUCCUUUUAAAUAAUUCGAACCAGAAGCAAGUCCAAUCUUUUUAAUUUUUUUCCCUCUGAUUUUCGUUUAUUCUUUUUAAAUUUAUUAGUAAUUCUUUUUUAAAUUUCUUUUUCUAAAUCUAUGUCCAAUUCAUCGCCAAUUAAUUAGAGCCGACAUGCCGGCGCCGCCGAUUUAGACACCGAGAAUCUAUCAAUCUCUCAGAUCUGUAGUACUAGCGUCACUUUCAGGCCUGGUGGUGAGUGGUGUCUUUGUGACUGCAAAGGGGGCAGGGGAGGGGAGCUGUAUUGAAACUAUAUUUUGUGAUGACCAGAUGAUUAGAACUGAUGUUAUUGGCAGUGGAAGGAGGAGGGUUUUUCUCUUCUUCAGCUUCUGGGUAUAGCAAGGGCCUGACCCUUCUUCUCUUGGGUCAGAGGCACGAAGAUAAACCCAUGAGAGUUGCGCCGUGGAAUCAGUACCAGUUGGUGGAAAACGAACCAGAUCCUGACCUCCAGCUGGCUUCCUUGAAGAACCGGCUUUCCCGCGGGUGCGCUUCCUUUGUUUGCUUUGGUCGCGCUUCCGCAGGGCUUGAUUCUCCAUCGCCUCUCAAGGUAGGUCCUGCCCAGCAGCAGGAUGUCUUGCCGGAUCCUCUUGUUGCUGAUAAGGAUAAAGAUAAUACGACUGAACUCGAAGGUGAUAACAAUGUAAGAAGAGUUAUGCUUAAGAGUAGCUUGAAGAAGCCAACAAAUAGCAUUCCAGUUCCUGUUGAAAAUGCAAAUCAACACAACACGCUGGGUGAGAAAGGUAGUAAUAUUCCUGGUCAUGCAGAAAGGAGAAAAGUGCAGUGGACAGAUGUUUGUGGGAGUGAGCUUGCUGAAAUCAGGGAAUUUGAGCCAAGUAUACCUGCAAUCUUGUGCUGAAAGGAGAUUUGAUCCUAUGGCAGUGAAACGGCUGGAUCAGAUGAUGAAUUCGACAAUGCAGCUGAAAGAAGUUGUUCAUGCGUGAUUAUGUGAUUGAUCCUAUUAAUAAAACAUUUUGUGAGCAAGUUUUCCAGGGAAGUGAGAGGGCAACAUGCAUAUCGCUACUCACGGAAAUUAUGAUACUUUCUCCCUGGACCAACUGAUUCCUUGGUAAAGGAAAAGCAAGUAAUCGGGUCAAUAGGAAAUACAACUUCACCAAGGAGCUCAAUGUCUGGCCUACUAGCAUACCUGGUGGACUCUGAUCAUUUGUAUCUAUAUUUAAUUGAUGAGGAUUUCAAUUUUGUUACUCUGAUCUUCUCUUUGCUUGGUUAAAUUAUUUUUCCUGUGACUGCCUUGUCCAUGAUAUUUCUUUCUGUCUUAAAAUUGAUGUGUUAUAAUUUCUUUUUUCCCUUUCA